GCAAAAGUGGCAGGAGACCAUAGAAUUCAUCCUUGGCAGCGAUCACGGUUGAAACAAUUCGGAGAAUUCAUCCUUGGCGUAACCUCAUUGGACAAUAUUCCCACACUCAAAAAUCUUUCGAAUGAUUUCUCUGUCUAACGUUAUUCACACGCGCGCAUUGAUUCGAAAACCUUAAAAAAAGGAAAAAAUGGAAAAUGAAAAACGAACGGGAAAAAAUAAGAAGGGACUCAUUCCUUCUUGGCUCGUAACCAUUUUUCCCCGUCUUGCCCCUUCCUUCUUCAUCCAUCGGUGUAUUUUCCCCGGAAAAUUCAUUUGAAAAUUCUUUAGAAACGAAGAUUUUAGUUUCCCCGGGGGAUCCACCGUCGUUCUUCAAUAUCUUGAUUUGGUGCAGAAACUAUCGGGUCAAACAGGGUUUGAUAGAGGUUGAAAUAAAUGACGAAUAGCCAAGGAGGAGGGUCAUCAUCGAGGAGAAGCUUUUCGUUGAGCUCAUCAUCUCAGCAGGCUAAGAAGAAAUCCGGGGGUUUGGAUAAUGGAGGCCUCGAAUCAUCUCACAGGAAAUCCCUUUCAUCUUCUCGUUCCAUGGGGCUAACUGGCGAGCGAACAGUAAAGAGAUUGAGGUUGUCAAAGGCUCUGACAGUACCAGAAACUACAAGUAUAUAUGAUGCUUGCCGCCGAAUGGCUGCUCGUCGAGUUGAUGCAUUACUGCUUACCGACUCAAAUGCCUUGCUGUGUGGAAUCCUUACCGAUAAGGACAUAGCUACAAGAGUUAUUGCCCGUGAGCUUAAUCUGGAGGAGACACCAGUUUCAAAAGUUAUGACUAGGAAUCCUGUGUUUGUGCUAUCAGACACACUUGCUGUAGAAGCUUUGCAGAAGAUGGUCCAAGGAAAAUUUAGACACCUGCCUGUUGUUGACAACGGAGAAGUCAUUGCUUUACUUGACAUAGCCAAAUGUUUAUAUGAUGCAAUUGCUCGGAUGGAAAGGGCUGCUGAGAAGGGAAAGGCAAUAGCAGCUGCUGUUGAAGGUGUUGAAAAGCAUUGGGGUACAUCUGUUUCUGGUCCUAAUACAUUUGUUGAAACACUUCGAGAGCGGAUGUUUCGGCCUUCCUUGUCGACAAUCAUUUCUGAGAAUUCAAAGAUUGUCACAGUUGAACCAAGUGAUACUGUCUUGGUAGUAACAAAGAAGAUGCUUGAAUACCGAUCAAGCUGUGCAAUAGCAACCGUUGAUAACAAACCAAGGGGAAUUCUCACUUCUAAAGACAUCUUGAUGCGGGUCAUAGCACAAGAUCUUCCUGCUGAUUCUACUCUGGUGGAAAAGGUUAUGACUCCAAAUCCAGAAUGUGCUACAGUGGAUACACCGAUAGUUGAUGCUUUGCACACGAUGCAUGAUGGAAAAUUUUUACACCUUCCCGUUGUUGAUAGAGAUGGUAUUGUAGUUUCUGUUGUGGACGUGCUUCACAUUACUCAUGCUGCUGUAGCCACAGUUGGAAACACUGCUGGAGUCAGCACCGAGGCUGCAAACACGAUGAUGCAAAAGUUUUGGGAUUCCGCUAUGGCACUUACUCCUGAUGAUGACGAAGAAACACGAAGGUUGCUGGGUUUUGUUUUCUUUUUUUUUUUUUUUGAAUAUUAAAAAUUUUCCGAGGCUUUGAUCUUAUAUGUUUGUUUUCAAAUUUUAGUGAGGGUUCCUUGAAGCUGCCUUCUGAAGGGGCAGACACAGGAAGAACUCUUCCCUAUCCUUCAUCAAGCAUGCCCAACACAUUUGCUUUCAAACUUCAGGACAGGAAGGGAAGAAUGCAUAGGUUCAAUUGUGGUAUGGUUCUGAUUUUUUAAUGGAGCACAGAUUCAAUUAUUUUUGUCUAACUUUGAAGGACAUGUUUGGUCCCCAUAUCAACUCGAUGAAAUUUACUCCUAGCUAGGUGCUACCUGUGCAAUAUUUGAGUAACCUACUUUGAUAUAUUUAAAUAUGAAUUGUUUUUUUAUUGUCUUGUACCCCAACGUUUGGCGUAUAUCUGGUUGUUAAUUACUAAAGAAUAUGUCUAUAAAAGUUGAGUGGCAUAGUAUGUUUUAAUGGAUAACUCUGCUGGCGUUUUUUUGUUUUAAUUAUAAACCAUUUUGCAUCAAAGUUUAAACUUUUCUUAAUCAAAGUUAUUCUCUAAUGUCGGUGUUUAUGGGUGUUUAAGGUGGGAGUUGGGGAAGUAUCAAUGAUGUUUGACUUUGGCUGCUGAGUUAACCAUAUUUUUGACAUGGGUUAUGCAUAGCACGCCCUUUCAUUUAUGUUAUGAUGCAUAAUCCUUAGAAUAAUCUGACAUUUUGGUAUUGGUUCCACUGCAGAUACCCGUAGUUUGACUGAUGUUAUAACUGCUAUUCUUCAGAGAGUUGGUGAUGACAUCGACCGGAAUGAUCUUCCUCAGAUUUUGGUAUGCAAGACCAUAUGUAUUAGGAAAAUCUUGUUUUCUCUAUUCCCUCGAGAGUUUAAUAUGUUUGACGGGCAUUUUUAUGCUAAUGGUAAAAAUAUGCUGCAGUAUGAAGAUGAAGACCAUGACAAAGUUGUGCUUGCUUCAGAUGGUGAUCUUGUAGCGGCUGUUGACCAUGCAAGAUCUGCUGGUUGGAAGGUUUGUGAAUUCUUAAUCAAAUUAUUUCUUUUCAGGGGAUGUGACUUGAAAUAUCUCAUCACUGUUAACAUAUCUUGCAUCUUAUGUUCAUCUGCAUUCUUUGUGUCCCCUUCAUCCCAUUGUUAAAAGAUCUAAAAAUAGAAAAUUUGUUGACUUUGACAGGGGCUGAGAUUACACUUAGAUUAUUCGGGAACACCUGGUCGUAGGAGAGUAUCUGGUUCGACUUCCAUGGAUUAUUCUCAUGCAGAUGCCUGGGCAUCAGCAUACAGUGCUGUGGCUGCUGGAGCUGCACUUGUAGCCGGUUUAGGUGUACUAGCAUUUCUGAGGAGAGCCACGAACUAGUGGUUUCAACUAAACAACCACGACGUAAAUUUGUUUAGCCCUCAGAGAUUUUGACCAAGACGAACUUGAGCUGAGUGGGCUGCCUCGGCGGUGCAUCGGUGUUCUGUAGAUCUACACACAAAAAGAGAGUUGUAUAAAUCUGCCUGCUACACCAUAUUUUUUGGGUGCUGUUGUCUAGUUUUACGAAUCACGCGACAAUAGCCAGCAUGGCUUUGAACACAUACAUACAAGCUGGAUUUCCCAUUUCCUUUCUUCUAUUGAUAUUGUAACCCGGUUAUAGAUAUGCCAAUGGCAUUUGGAUUUGGAGCAAAUGUUAAUACAAAAGGAGUAUCUCCUCCUUUUUUUUUUACUUGUGUUUUUUCUUGAUCUAAACUCUGGGCCCCUGAAAUUGCGAAAACCUGCUCCGCUCUUCCUUGUCGAC